UUAAUUUCUCUCUCGUAGCAUCUACACCUCCCCCUUUCUUUUCUCUUCAAAUUAAAACACUAAUACAAAGCAAUCAUCUCUCUCUUCUUCAAGCAGAACGAUGGAGCUUCCUAGGCGGAUCAAUAACAGAGAGCAUGUGACGCACAUCCUAGACGGAACAAUGGAGGACGCACACGGGGCUGUACGGCGGCGGAGCUGCAGGGCGGUUGUGCGGCAGGACACUUGGAUCGCCGGAGGAGAAACCAAGGUGGUGGUGGUGCCAGCGAUGACAUGGGUGGCGGCAAUAGGGGUAGAGCAACCGACAGUGACGGCAGCAUAUGAUGUGGCAUGGAACGACGGUGGAGGCAGAAAAAUUGAGGAAAAAUUCUGGAUAUUUUUUGCAUCGCCGGAUCUCCGGCGAUUGGCGGUGGGGUGACAGGCGGCGUGACUCUGGAUAGGCGGCGCCGGAUCUCUGCCAAGACCGUCGGAUCUCCGGCAGGCGGCGGCCAGUGGCGGAGGAGAUGGCCUGCGGCAGUUGCUCCAUGGUGAUGAUUGCUGUUUGGUGAGCUUCGUACGCAUGCGGAGGACCUGCAUUAGUUGGGACUUCUAAUUUUUAAGGAUAAAUUGGUCAACUCAUGUUAUUUUUAGUCCUAUUAAAAAGUACUCCUAUUUGUGCAAUUCCUGACUCAUUUAGUCCUAUCCAUGGAAUUGUCUCUAAGACUUACUGCACGAAAUUGACUCGCUAACCAUUUGACGGGAAAGUUAAGGCAUUCAU